AUGGCUUCAUCUCUUAGUGUUCAAAAUGAAGCUCCUUCUACUUCGACCGAUAUUCAAACCACUAUUGUAACGGUUACUUUUUGUUACAGAGAUCAAUGCUCAGAAAUACCAGUUACAACUGGUGUGACCGUUGUUACCGAAGAAGAAACAGUAUACCUUCGUAGUAAGCCCAUCAAAAGUGCAUUUUUUGCUCCUGCAAUGUUCAUGCAAAACUUCAUUGCUGAGUUUGGUCCAAGACAGCUUGGUGAUGGUACAUAUGGUAUCUUAUACUUAAUCCAGAUAAAAGAGUGCCUCUUGUUGAUAUUGCGAGCGAUACCGGAAAAUAUGUUGGCGCUAUUCUUGCAGAUCCAGAUAGAUAUGAGGGAAAAGUGA